AUGCAGACGUGGUACCGCCCCCAUCCGUACGGUAUUUACCCACGGGGCAACGCCAUCAAGCGCUCUGACAUAUUCGACCGACUCGGCACCCUUUCCCUCUUCACCGCCGCAACCACUUAUGACGACAAGGAGCACACGGAGCAGCCCUACCUGGAACUCGUCCAGUGCUUUCUCGCCUUUCUGGAGGUGCCCGAUCUGUGCCGGCUGUCGCGCAGCUGUACGGGCUGGUAUGUCCUAGUACAUUGCACAGAUGCCUUCAAGGCAGCGUACACAGCCUUGUCGCCGUCUUACCUGCGGUUCCGUGGCAGCUGGAAGGAAACGGCAGUGCGAGGCUACGUGGCAGUGCAUGGCGGCACGCCGAACGCGGUCCCUGCCGUUUCCAUGACGAACAGCACCCCCUCCAAGAAGAGGUCGAAGGUGGAGAGCAAAUGUAUGCGGGCCGCUCCGACGCCUGUUGGUGAGCCACCUGCCACGUUUGCACGCCACACACCGGUGUGCGUCCGCCGUCGCUUCUUCUGUGACCAGCUCUUCCAGGCAUGGAUGUGCACCAUUCUACCACCUUACUAUCACCUGCACCCCGUCGCUGAGGAGCCGGAGGAGGCUUCGUCGUCGCUCUUGUCUUCCUCAGCGCGGACCGAGAAGAGUGCGGGGCAGACCUCUGGGUCUAAGAGUCGAAAGAGGCAGCAAGAUGCGGCAUGGCCCGCGGCUACGUCGACCUCCUCGUCAGCCGAGCUGGUGGAUUCGGUGGACGCGCCUCAGAGCCGUAGUCCCCGGUACAUGUCGAAGUUUCGCCCUGUCGAGCGGUGCAGCUGUAUUUCCGUUGCUGAGUUCCACGACCGCUUUGAAAAGCCGAACGUGCCAGUCGUGAUCACGGACGUGGCGACGGAGUGGCCGCUCUUCAAGAUCCUCCAAGGCCGCUUUGCCAACCUAGCGGACAAGAAGGACUCCCUUGUGCGCAGCGGCUGUCCUGUGACGUCACCGUUGCGCUGCGAGCACACAAGCAUGGAUUUGGAAGACUAUGUGCACUACGCAACGGAGCAGAACGACGAGCGGCCGAUAUACAUGUUCGACGCCGAGUUCGGGUGCGUGCUGGAUGCAGAGAAGCUGUACACGGUGCCGCCCUACUUCGCCCGAGAUGACUUCUUCUCAACGCUCGGCGACCGCCGACCCAAGUUUCGCUGGAUCGUCGCGGGUCCGAAGCGCAGUGGCAGCAGCUUCCACGUGGACCCCAACUACACCAACGCGUGGAACGCGAACAUGACGGGCCGCAAACGGUGGCUGCUAUUCCCGCCCGGGGCGACGCCGCUUGGGGUGGUGCCGAGUACCGACAUGGCUGAGGUAGCCACCCCGGUGUCGCUGACGGAGUGGCUGUUGAACUACUACGACGCAAGCCUGCAGGAGCUGCAGCAUUGCGGGUACGAGUGCAUCUGCGAGCCUGGAGACAUCAUGUUUGUGCCGUGCGGGUGGUGGCACUUCAUCAUCAACCUCGAAGAUUCCAUCGCCAUUACGCAGAACUACGUCUCGCGGUGCAACUUGCCGAAAGUGAUCAAAUUCUUGCGCGCCAUGAAGGGGUCCAUCAGCGGCAUUGACGAGGAUGCUGACACGGCGACGGAGGAGUCUACGGCAAGGCGGCAGCGCGGCUUUGCGAAGGAGUUCGAGGCCUCCAUGAAGGCGGCGCACCCGGCCCUGAUGCAGGAUGUGGCGCGGCAACUCGAGGAGGAGCAUCAGGCACGGGAGAAACGCCGACUUGGCCGCUUGACGCUGCUGGACCCGUCCUCAGGGGGCUUUACCUUUAGCUUCUAG